AUGAACACACCUGAAGAAGAAUCCAAUAAUCUCUGCCAAAAGCCUUCUAAGAGGGACGUUAAUAAGGGUCAUGUCAAGUUUGCCGACCAACCCAAGGUUCAUGACGUCCUCCGAAGACGAAGUCAAAUCUCUCGUCAAUCCCUACAAGGCAUCUGGUUUGAUGGAGAAGACUUUGAAGACUUUGUCGAGGACAUGAACAAGUGUGUCGACAAGAUGGAACAAGGCAAGCGCUUGAAGGACAAGAAGUAUUCCUCACUUGGUUUGGAAUCACUCACAGAAGAAGGAUCAGCCAUUCGACAAGCCAAUCAAGAAGAUGCUUGGGAUGCCGUCUUGUUGGAACAAGAACAUCAACAAGCAGAAGGCAAACGAUCUAGUAUUCAAAUUGCCGAAGCCUAUCGCCAAAUUUCAUUUGAAUCUCAACUCUAUGCUCAAGAACAGGCACAACUGGUGCACGAUGAAAUGGAGCAAUACUAUCUUUAUGCCAGGGACGAUUUGGAUAUUGACUCAUCCAAUCGUUAUGAUUCCAGCAGCAAGGAUAUGUUGCCAGAAGAACAUCACAAGGCCGAACGACGACGAUCCAAUAGUUUGCCCAGGAUGACGACCAACAACACCGCCAUGCGGACCUCUGUCUUUUAA